AAACUUGGUAGCAGAAAUGGUACUCUUGGAAGAAAUUUAGAUUUGUGCAUUCAUACUAGCAACGAAUUCUAUAUAAGCAGCAUGAUGCUUAGCUUUACGAUCCAUUCAGUUAUAUCUGCAUGUUCAAAGUGUAAUUCUUGGAAAGCUAAAAGCCAGAAGAUGGAGAAACUCUCAACCCAACUCUUGUAUUGUUUCUUCUUCAUUGUUCUUAUUGUUUUUCAUUCAUCCCCGGCAACAUCUCAAGAAGUUGAGGAUGAGACAGAGUUUAGUUAUGAAGCAGGAGGUGAGAAUGGGCCAGAACGAUGGGGAGAGCUUCACAGCGAAUGGAGUGCUUGCGAAAAUGGAUCAAUGCAGUCUCCAAUCGAUUUGUUGCAUGAGAGAGUUGAAGUAGUGUCUCAUUUAGGGAGACUUAAAAGAAAUUACAAGCCCUCUAAUGCCACUCUAAGAAAUAGAGGCCAUGACAUGAUGUUAAAGUGGGAAGAGGGUGCAGGAACUCUUGAGAUAAAUGGAACUGAAUAUAUACUCAACCAGGUCCACUGGCAUUCACCUUCUGAGCACACUCUCAAUGGGAAGCGAUUUGAUCUAGAGGCUCACAUGGUUCAUGAGAGCACAGAUGGGAAAGUUGCAGUAGUUGGGAUCCUGUACAAAAUCGGACGACCUGAUUCUUUCUUGUCAUCGAUAAAGGAUCAUUUAGCAGCCAUUGGUGGCAGCACUGAAAGAGAUAAAGUGGUGGGUAUGAUGGAUCCAAGGGGCAUAAAGAUAGGCAGUAGGAAGUAUUACAGAUAUAUUGGAUCUCUUACUAUUCCUCCUUGCACUGAAAAUGUUCUCUGGACAAUUGUCAAAAAGGUGAGGACGGUGACAAGGGAGCAAGUGCAAUCUCUCCGCGUAGCUGUACAUGAUGAUUCGAAUACAAAUGCAAGACCAUUACAGCCAUUAAACUCGAGGUCGUUACAUCUUUUCAGACCAAAUGAUGAUUCGACAGAAAACCCAUGAUAUAUAUAUAAAAGCUCAUUGCUAUGUGUGUAUCAUGCAUCCACCAUAGAGCUCAUCUUAUGCAAUAACUCCAAUUUCGCCAUGCCCAUGCAUGCCAUUGUUGCUGGAGAAAUAUAGUGAUCUACACUACUCUAGACGAGAGACACCUAUAUCUACAGAUUUUUUUCUUUGGAUUUUUGUUUGUUUAUUUUAUUAUUAUUAUUAUCAUCAUUAUAUGUAGAGAUCAUAU